AUGUCAAUUGUAUCGCUAUUGGGUAUAAAAGUGCUGAACAACCCGGCUAAGUUCACUGAUCCUUACGAGUUUGAGAUCACUUUCGAGUGUUUGGAGCCAUUGAAGAAUGAUCUGGAGUGGAAACUGACCUACGUCGGGUCCUCGCGGUCGCUCGAGCACGACCAGGAGCUGGACUCUAUCCUGGUGGGCCCCGUCCCUGUCGGUGUGAAUAAGUUCGUGUUCACGGCGGACCCGCCUUCCGCUGAGCUGAUCCCGGCCAGCGAGCUGGUCAGCGUUACUGUGAUCCUGCUGAGCUGCUCUUACGACGGCAGGGAGUUUGUGAGAGUAGGCUACUAUGUGAAUAACGAGUAUGACAGCGAAGAGCUGAGGGAGAACCCUCCACAGAAGGUGCAAGUGGACCACAUCGUGAGAAACAUAUUGGCAGAGAAGCCAAGGGUGACGAGAUUCAACAUUGUAUGGGAUAAUGAAAAUGAAGCUGACAUAUACCCACCUGAGCAACCAGGCGUAGAUGAAGAAGACGAGGCCGAGGAAGAAGAAGAAGAGGAAGAAGAAGAAGAAGAAGAAGAAGAGGCUGAAGACGAAGAAGAAGAAGUCGAAGUCGAUGUAGACGGAGAAGUCGAUCUGGAAAACGAAGAUGACAAGACCGACAAAAUAAUAGAUGGCGAAGAGGCAGAAGAUGACGAUGAUGGCGAAGAGAUCGGCGAUGAAGAGGACGAGGAUGAUGAGGACGACGAAGAAGGUGACGCCCAGACGGAAACUGCCGCCCCAAAUGAUAAAACUACAGACACCGAAAAGGAAGUACGAUUGCAUGAUAGAGAUGAAGACGAAAAAGCUGAUUCUUCAAAGAAGCUGAAAACUGAGAACGAUACAGCAAAAGAGCCGGACACUGCUCCAACACCACAGGACUCUACCAAUUAG